AUGAACGAGGUCGAGAUACUCAAGACUGAACUUGCACGUGAGAAGAAGCUCAAUGCGAGGCUGUUAACGAAACUUAAGCAAAAGGACGGGUCCAUCAAGAAGCAGAGAGCCGCAAUUGACCGACUUGAGCAAGAAUGUGUCGGCCAAGAUGAUACCAUCGACAGCCUUAAACACCAAAUACUUGCCUUGGACAAGGAAAAGCACCAAUUGCAAGGCCGAUUUACGAAAUUCGAGGACAAGGCUAGAACCAGGGCCGUCCGCCUGUGGAAGCAGGUCAUUCACGUCAUCGACGCCAUGCAGUCAACGAGAGCACCACUCAAGGAAGUCGCACGCCUUGAAGGAUUCUUGGCUGCAGGUGCAGAGCUAGGAAAGGAGUGGGAAGAUGCCAGAGGCUUCUUGGAGGAUAGCUUGACCGAUGAGCGUAAGGAGCUCAGAGUGAUGUCAGAACUUGCCAAGGAGCUUUACGUCGAUGUGCUCAACGUGCGAAUCGAAGAAUAA